AUGGACCACUUGCCGCGAGGCAGCACCUCCGCCGCCGAUGGCGGCAGCUCCGACCCGCCAAGCCCCACCCCGCACUCCUCCACUCUGGCAUCGCCACCCAGCUCCAUGGCGCCGAUCAAGAUCUCCAUCCGGAAGCUGGACUCCUCUUCCUUCGAUGUGACCCUGCCAGCCAAC